CGCGACUCUCGCUCCUUCCAGGCCCCUGGCUCUUCCAGCCAUGACUUACAGGAUCCUUCUGCUAACAGCCGUGGCCUUGUGUCAUGGGUUCAACCUGGACACCGAAAACACAAUGACCUUCAGUAGAAACGAGAAGGGCUUCGGGCAGAGCGUGGUCCAGUUUGAAGGCUCCCGGGUGGUGGUUGGAGCUCCCCAGGAGAUAAUGGCUCCCAACCAAACAGGUGGCCUCUACCAGUGCGACUACAGCUCGAACUCGUGCGUGCCCAUCCAGCUACAGGUCCCCCCAGAGGCUGUGAACAUGUCCCUGGGCCUGUCCCUGGCGGCCUCCACCAGCCCCUUUCAGCUGCUGGCCUGCGGCCCUACUAUGCACCAGUUUUGCAAAGAGAACACGUACGUGAAUGGCCUCUGCUUCCUGUUUGGAUCCAACCUGCUGCAGUCACCCCAGAGGGUCCCAGAGACCCUCAGAGGAUGUCCUCAGCAGGAGAGUGACAUCGCCUUCCUGAUUGAUGGCUCUGGUAGCAUUGACACAACGGACUUCCAGAGGAUGAAGGAGUUUGUCUCCACCGUGAUGGAGCAAUUCACGAAGUCCAAUUCCCUGUUCGCCUUGAUGCAGUACUCCGAAGAGUUCCGGACUCACUUUACCUUCAGUGACUUCAAAAGAAACCCCAACCCUAGAGCGCUGGUGAAGCCGAUCCGACAGCUGUUCGGGAGGACGCACACGGCCACCGGGAUCCUCAAAGUUGUCACAGAGCUGUUUCACAGCAGCAGCGGGGCCAGGGCGAACGCCCGGAAGGUCCUCGUCGUGAUCACGGAUGGAGAGAAGUUCGGCGACACCUUGGAGUAUGAGGAUGUCAUCCCGAGGGCAGACAGGGAGGGCGUCGUUCGCUACGUCAUUGGGGUAGGAGACGCCUUCAACAGUGAGCAAAACCGCCAAGAGCUCAAUACCAUUGCAUCCAAGCCGUCUCGUGAGCACGUGUUCCGGGUGAACAACUUCGAAGCCCUGAACACCAUUCAGAAUCAGCUUCAGGAAAAGAUCUUUGCAAUCGAGGGUACCCAGUCAGGAAGUACCAGCUCUUUUGAGCACGAGAUGUCUCAGGAAGGGUUCAGCGCUGCCAUCACUUCUAGUGGCCCCCUGCUGGGCUCCGUGGGGAGCUUUGAUUGGGCUGGUGGAGCUUUUUUGCACACAUCCAAGAGUGACGUCACCUUCAUCAACACCACGAGGGUGGAUUCAGACAUGAACGAUGCUUACUUGGGUUACGCCUCUGCAGUCAUCUUGCGGAACCGGGUGACGAGCAUAGCUCUCGGGGCUCCUCGCCAUCAGCACAUCGGCCUGGUGGUGAUGUUCAGACAGAGCGCUCGCGUCUGGGAGGUCACCGGUGAAAUCAAAGGCAGCCAGAUCGGCUCCUACUUCGGGAGCUCCCUCUGCUCCGUGGACGUGGACAGAGACGGCAGCACCGACCUGGUCCUCAUUGGGGCCCCUCACUACUACGAGCAGACGCGAGGGGGCCGGGUGUCCGUGUGCCCCUUGCCCCGGGGGCGGGCUCGGUGGCGAUGUGAGCGUGUUCUCUACGGGGAGCAGGGCCACCCCUGGGGCCGCUUUGGGGCGGCUCUGACUGUGCUGGGGGACGUGAACGGGGACAAGUUGGCAGAUGUGGCCAUCGGGGCCCCAGGGGAGCAGGAGAACCGGGGUGCUGUCUACCUGUUUCACGGAGUCCCGGGAUUCAGCAUCAGCUCUUCCCACAGCCAGCGCAUCGCAGGUGCCCAGCUCUCCCCCCGGCUUCAGUACUUCGGGCAGGCGCUGAGCGGGGGUCAGGACCUCACCCAGGAUGGCCUGGUGGACCUGUCUGUAGGGGCCGAGGGACAGGUGCUGCUGCUCAGGUCCCAGCCGGUGCUGAGAGUUGAGGCGUCCAUGGAGUUCACACCCAGGGAAGUGGCAAGGAGUGUGUUUGAGUGUCGGGAGCAGGACGCUCGGGUAAAGCCAGCCGGGGAGGUCCGAGUGUGCCUCCGGGUCCGCAAGAGCACCCGGGAUCGGCUGCGUGAAGGAGAUAUCCAGAGCACCAUCACUUACGACCUGGCGCUGGACGCUGGCCGCCAGUAUCCCAGGGCCAUCUUCGACAGGACCAAGAACAACACAGGCAGACAUACGCAAACCCUGGGGCUGACCCCGAAGUGCGAGACGUUGAAGCUGUCAUUACCGGACUGUGUGGAGGACUCCGUUAGCCCCAUCGUCCUGCGUCUCAACUUCUCUCUGGUGGGGAAGCCACUGUCCACUUUCGGGAACCUGCGGCCGGUGCUGGCUGCAGACGCUCAGACACUCUUCAUGGGUAUGUUUCCCUUUGAGAAGAAUUGUGGCAGUGACAGCAUUUGCCAGGAUGACCUCAGCGUCACCUUCAGUCUGAACCUGGACACCGUGGUGGUGGGCAGCCCCCAGGACUUCAACGUGACCCUGACCGUGAGAAAUGAGGGUGAGGACUCCUAUAGGACUCAGGUGACCUUCGACCCAGUUGGCUUAUCCUAUCGGAAGGUGUCAGAGGCUCAGAACCGGCGCUCCCAACGCUCCUGGCGCCUGGACUGUGAGUCCAUCCCUUCCUCCGAAGGCUCCCUGACCUUGAAGAACACGAGCUGCAGCAUCAACCACCCCAUCUUCCCCGGCAACUCGGAGGUCACCUUUAACAUCACCUUUUACGUGGAGUCCGAUGCUUACCUGGGAAGCAAACUGCUCCUCAAAGCCCGUGUGACCAGUGAGAACAACAUGCCCAGCACCAGCAAAUCUGAGUUCCAGAUGGAGCUGCCUGUGAAAUACGCUGUCUACUUGGUGGUCACCAGCGGUGAGGUAUCCACCAAAUAUCUCAACUUCACGGCCUCCGAGAAGAGCACGCGGGUUCUGCGGCACGAAUAUCAGUUCAACAACCUGGGCCAGAGGAGGCUCCCCAUCAGCGUGGUGUUCUGGGUGCCGGUGCGGCUGCAGGAGAAGACCGUGUGGGACGACCCACAGCCCACUUUCUCCCUGAACCUCUCCAGUGGGUGCCACAGUGAGGAGAGGCUUCCGCCUCGCUCUGACUUCCUGGCUCAGCUGAACAAGUCCCCGGUGGUGAACUGCUCCAUCGCCGUCUGCCGGAGGAUUCAGUGCGACAUCCCCUCCCUCAGCCACCGGGAACAAUUUAACGUCACCCUCCAAGGCAACCUCUCCUUUGACUGGUACAUCAAGACGGCGCACAACCACCUCCUGCUGGUGAGCGCGGCGGAGAUUUUGUUCAACCAGUCCGCUUUCACCCUGCUUCCCGGCCAGGACGCCUUCGUGAGGGCCCAGACGGAGACCAAGGUGGAGCUGUACCAGGUUCAUGACCCUGUGCCGCUCAUCGUGGGCAGCUCCAUCGGGGGGCUGGUGCUGCUGGCCCUCAUCACCGCGGGGCUCUACAAGCUCGGCUUCUUCAAACGACAGUACAAGGACAUGAUGGGUGAGGCCGCUCCCCAGGAGCCUCCACCUCAGUAACAGCCGCUUCCCCGCCAAGGGGGCCGCCACCUGCCCUGCAAACUGGACUUGGUUCAGAGCCACACACAACUCCCCCCCCCGCCCGACCCCCGCCGGCUGUGGGACAGAUGGGUCUGUGGGGAGACUGGGGCAGUGAUGUCUCACUCUGGAAAGACCUGCUUGGCUUCCGUGUGUGUGUGUGUGUUGCAUGUGCCAGUAUGCACCUGCAUGUGUGUGUGUGUGCACGUGGACCAAUGCUUCCACAGGGCUCUCAGGCAGAAAGGCAUCAGCUUGGGCUCGCUCGUGUGUGUGGGCGAGGAUGCUUCAGGAUCUUCUCCAGGAGACGGAGUGGAUCCAAUGGAACCAGGACAGGUGCCUGUCCAAACCCAUCCCCCACCAGCGCUCAUGGGAGGGAUAAGGAUGACUGAUCAAUCUCCCAUGUGGA